AUGCCGCCCAAGAAGACUUCCACCGCCGCCACCGGCGCAAAGAAGCCCGCACCGGCCAAGCCUACCAAGGCUGCAAAGGCUGCCCCUGCAAAGGCUGCCCCUGCCAAGGCCGCUCCGGCCAAGGCUGCCCCUGCCAAGGUCGAGCCCGUUGCAGCUGCACCAUCCGCCAAGGCCAACGGCAAGAAGCGUGCGGCAGCCACCGACGCUGUCACCGCCACCGCCACCACCACCAAGAAGGCCAAGACACCCAAGGCGGCCGCACCUGCACCUGCACCUGCACCCGAAAGCGAGGACUCUGAUGCAGGCGCGCAGAACGAGCGCGAGAUCCUUGCGUCUCUAUCGGACGAGGAGGAGGAGGAUGCCAACUCGUCGGACGAAGACGACGAGGAUGACCGACUGACGUCUGCGCCGCGCGCAAUGGCGUCUCUCAAGCUUCCCAACUCGAAGGACGAUGCGGUGGUCAAGGCGCGCCUGGACAAGCUGCGACGCUCCAAGACCAACGCCUCGACCACACCGGGCGUGCUCUACAUCGGCCGACUGCCCAAGGGAUUCUUCGAGAAGCAGAUCAAGGCGUACUUUACGCAGUUUGGCGACGUGACGCGCGUGCGCGUCUCGCGCAACAAGAAGACGGGCGCCUCCAAGCACUACGCCUUUGUCGAGUUUGGCGACCGCGACGUGGCCCAGAUCGUGGAGGAGACCAUGCACAACUACCUCAUCGACGGACGUCUGCUCCAGGUCAAGAGCGUGCCCAAGGACAAGGUGCAUCCCGAACUCUGGGUCGGUGCCAACCGAAAGUUCAAGCGCGUCCCCACAGAUCGGAUCGAACGCGUGGUGAGGUCACGCGACAAGACCGACGAGCAACACAAGAGGACUCACGAAAGGGUACUCGCAAGACAGGAGCAGCGAAGAACAAAGCUCAAGGAUAUGGGUAUUGACUACGACUUCCCAGGCUACACCGACGACAAGCCGCAAGCCAAGCGCAAGUCAAAGGCCACAGCUUGA